GCCGCACGCCGCACGCAAGAUUCUCCCACUCACUCCAAGGUCGAUUACCACAUCAAAGGGAGAUGGACUGGCACACUGGAUCCAGAUGGGUUAUGGAUGGAUCCCGCGUGCCCGCCCUAUGCCGCUGUCCGCCCGUCAUGCCGGGCUGAUGCUCCAGACCCUUCCUCCGAGCGACCUCGCACCGUUGCGCUGACGAGUAGAAGUUCUUCAAAUUGAAAAAAGUGUGAAUGCAACGAGGACUGCGUUCUUUGUAACACAUCACUUGUUCCUAUCUGCGAAACCGACACCAGAUAUUACAGUACUUUACACACACACAAUGACGACCGAUACCGCAACUUCUGACCCCGCGACCAGGGUCAAGUCCCACGCAUCGACGGUGUCUGACGUUGGGUAUCCUCACGGCCACCUUGGUCACCUCAACGAACACGAGGAGACACAGCUCGCCGCCUUCAGAACGCUGCUCGAGGAGAAGGGGCUGUACAAGCCAGGCCCGCCAGCUUCCCACGACGACCCGACUCUGCUCCGAUACCUUCGCGCACGAAGAUGGGUCCCCGAAGACGCCCUUACGCAGUUCAAGGACACGGAGGCCUGGCGUGCUGCCAACGAUAUUGACGUCCUCUACCAGACCAUCGAGCUCGACGCCUUUGAGCAGUCCCGUCGCCUCUACCCACAAUGGCUUGGUCGUCGCGACCGCCGUGGCAUUCCCAUCUACCUCUUCGAGGUCCAGAAGCUUGAUAGCAAGACGGUUGCCACCUAUGAGAAGUUGGGGAAGGAAUCGACCUUUAGCAAGGCCAAGUUUGACGGCAAGACUCCCGCAGGCAUGAUGCGCCUGUUCGCGCUGUAUGAGAACCUCACCCGCUUCACGCAGCCGCUGUCGACGCAAUUACGGGACCGCGAACACCGCGAGGCCCCCAUUACGCUGAGCACGAAUAUCGUUGAUAUUUCUGGGGUCAGUCUGAAGCAGUUUUGGAAUCUGAAAGGGCACAUGCAGGCUGCUAGUCAGCUUGCAACAGCGCAUUAUCCAGAGACUCUCGAUCGCAUCUUCAUCAUCGGUGCCCCCGCAUUCUUCUCAACAGUUUGGGCCUGGGUCAAGCGUUGGUUCGACCCUAUUACCGUCUCCAAGAUCUUCAUCCUCAGCCCCCACGAGGUCCGCCCGACACUCGAGCAGUUCAUCGAACCCCGCAACAUUCCCAAACAGUACGGCGGCGAGCUCGAGUUCAAGUUUGGCGACCAGCCAACCGUCGAUCCCGCGUGGGAGGGAAUCGUGGAGUGGACGCCUGGCCACGACCGCUUCACGUCACGCCCUGCUAUCUGGCGUGGGACCGAAGAUGGCACCCGCGUUGAGUGCAUUGGAAUCGGCAGCGUGAAGGGCGUCGAGCAGAAGGAGGUGAUUUGCUCCGUCCUCAAGACGUGGCCGCCCAAGGCUGAGGUGCCUGCCGCUGAACCGACGCCGAUCGCAACACCUGCGACCAAGGAAGGGAGCGUGACAGAAGAGGCCGCCCCGAGGACGGAGACCGAGUGGCCUGUCAAGGCCGCUGAUGCACCGGAGGCUGGCAUGCAGAAGCUUUCCGUCGCCGAUGACAAGCAGAUCGCAGAGAAGCAUGUUGAGGGUAGCACGUCGACGCCCCCGUCAGGACUGGCAUAGACUAGUGGUAAAGGAGCAUGUGACUUUGAGACUGGGGUUUGCAUAUUUGAUAUGGCAGUAUCAAUUUACUUGGUGAUUUGGAUGUGGUUUGAUCUAAUACCCCAGAUGGUGAUGGAGUCGGUCUGGCAGGGCAAGGCAAGGCAACAUGGGCUGGAGUUACAUAU